CUAACGAAUAUCCCAUGUAAAGUAUGUGCUGACCAUUCGUCAGGGAAGCAUUAUGGUAUCUACGCUUGUGAUGGGUGUGCUGGUUUCUUUAAACGUUCAAUCAGACGGGGCAGAAAGUACGAAUGUAAAUCGCGCCUGGGCUCUGGCGGAGGUUGUGCUGUCGACAAAACUCACAGAAACCAAUGCAGGUCUUGCAGACUUAACAAGUGUUUGCAAGUCGGAAUGAAUAAAGAAGCCGUCCAACAUGAGCGAGGGCCUAGACACUCGACUAUAAGGCGUCAGAUGAUGCAAGCUGGAAUGUUUGGCUUUGGUAGUCGCUUCAGCAGCAGCAGCGGCAGCAACAACAAUUCCAACAACAACACUAACAUCAACAACAAUUUUAAUAACUUCCAUCACAUUCCACACUUGUUAUCUCCAUUUCCAUUUCCGCUUCCUACUUCCUCCUCACUGAGCAAUGAAACUGUCUGGGAGAUGGCCGUCCGUCUGCUCUUCCUCACUCUCAACUGGGUGAAGAACAUUCCCGCCUUCCUCAAACUGCCCUUACGUCAGCAGAUUUUCUUGCUGGAGGAACGCUGGAGUGAGCUCUUCGUACUCAACGCUGCUCAGUUCGAUUUGAAUCUGCACCGGGGACUGCUUUUGAAGGCCACCGAAGAUGGUCUGGUCAAGGAAAGCUUAAUACGGAAUUAUAAGUUGGAGAAGGAGUUCAGGUUCAUGCAAGAGGUUGUCGAGAAGUUGAAGCAGAUGCAAAUCGAUCCAGCCGAGUACUCCUGUCUACGUGGAGUUGUUCUCUUCAGACCAUGUUUCUCUCAAAACAACCGCGACAACGACAACGACGACGCCAUAUACACUCUCACCUUCUUACAAGACCAGGCACAACUCUCGUUAAACAAAUACGUCGAAACAACGAGACCGAACGAUCCUCUCAGAUUCGGUAAACUUCUACUCCUCCUGCCAUCUCUCUCACAGAUUAGUCCGUUCACUAUUGAAAAAAUUUUCUUACACUCGACUGUCGGGCCGGUUAAAGUCGAUCGGUUAAUAUCGGAUCUCAUAACCGGUGAAGCCGGUUCUAUCGGUAUUCGUAGCGGUUCUACUGCUGUUUGA